AUGUUAGAUGUCGUCGAAGCUCAACUAACUGGAGGUAAAUACGAUUUUAUCGUAAUUGGAUCUGGAUCUGCUGGAAGUGUUGUUGCAAGUCGGCUUUCAGAAAACCGUAAAGUUAGUGUUUUACUGCUUGAAGCUGGCUCGGCAACACAGCACCCUUUAGCUUUUGUUCCCGCUGCGGCGAUUAUGCAACCUGAAAGCUCCAUUUGGAAUUGGAAAUUCACGUCAGAGCAAUCCGAAGGAAACUGCCUCGGUAUGGUGGAUCAAAAAUGUUGCUUUCCACACGGAAAACUUCUUGGCGGUACAUCAGUACUUAAUUCGAUGAUGCACACGCGUGGUAACAAAGCCGACUAUGAUGGUUGGGAGCUAGACGGAUGGAAUUGGGAUGAAGUGUUGCCAUAUUUUAUGAAAGCUGAACGGAAUACUUUAGAUUCUGCAAGAGGAAAAUUCGAUCCGAAUGUUCAUGGCACAAAGGGUAAAAUGAAUACAAAUUUCGCGGACUAUCGUACAAUCAUCUCAGAAGACGUAUAUAAAGCAGCCAAAAAGCUGAAUUAUGCAUAUGAUUUUGAUUACAAUAAUGGAAGUCAAUUGGGAGUGCAUUAUCUUCAAUGUAACACUUUUGAAGGAAAACGAGAAGAUACCGGCACGAGAUAUAUUCGAGAUGUUCUUCCACGAUCUAACUUAGAGGUGAGUGUCGACUCGCACGUAAUGAAGAUUUUGUUCGAUGGAAAUAAAGCAACGGGUGUUUUGUUCAAACGAGGAGGACUUACUUUCAAAGCAACGGCUACGAAAGAAGUAAUAUUAAGUGCUGGUGCAGUAAAUUCCCCACAACUCUUAAUCUUGAGUGGAAUUGGACCUCAAGAGACUUUAACUAAAUUUGACAUUCCUCCGGUAAAAUAUUUACCGGUAGGUCAAAACUUUCAAGAUCAUCCUUUUAUUCUUGGUCCAACGUAUAUGUUAAACACUACAGGAAAUUCCAUUGAUCUUGGAGAUGUCAAUUUGUGGAAUGUUCUUAUGUUGAUUUUUAGUGAGCCAAAUCCAUUGCACAUCCCUCAUGCCUCUGAAGGGUACGUCUUUGUUAGAAAGGAGAACUCUCCAUUGCCUGUUGGUGUUCCCGAUAUUGAACUUAUAAUAACAUCGUCAGACGUUACCAAAAGUGGCCAUUGGCAACGAGAUUAUUUUUGCAUAGAACCUGGAUUUUACGAUAAAGCUUUCGGAAAAUUGAAAAGCAAUAAAAAAGACAGUAUAACACUUGCACCUAUGUUGCUUCAUCCAAAAACAGUGGGAAACGUUACAAUUCGUGACACAAACCCAUUCUCAAAGGCAGUAAUUAACUACCCAAUGUUUAAAGAUCCGUAUGACAUAGAAGCGAUGCUUUUCGGAAUUCAUGAGGCACGAAAGAUAAUCGAGUCUCCUUACUUUGCUAAAUACAAUCCGCAACUGUUUCGGUAUGAUAUUGAUGCUUGCAACCAUUUGAUAAAAGACGAAAAUGACGGAGGUACAGAUGAAUGGUGGCUUUGUGUGUUAGCUUACGUGCAAACGACGCUCCAUCAUGACUCGGGAACGUGUCGCAUGGGCACUGAAGAAGAUGUUAGAACUGUCGUAACGCCAGAUUUGAAGGUUAAAGGUAUCCAAAAGUUGAGAGUAGUUGAUGCUUCGGUCAUUCCGGAAGUCAUUUCAGGACAUACGGCAGCGCCAACUAUGAUGAUCGCUGAAAAGGCAGCACAUCUCAUCAAGUUGGAGCAUAAUUUUUCCCUUUCAGAAAAUCGUAAGGUCAGGGUUUUACUGCUUGAAGCUGGUUCAGCAACACAACAUCCUUUAGCUUUUAUUCCUGCUGCGUCAGCUUCGCAACUUGAAACCAACCUGUGGAAUUGGGAGUUCACAUCAGAAAAAUCCGAUCGGAAUUGCCUUGCUAUGGUAGAUCAAAAAUGUUGCUUUCCACACGGUAAAACACUUGGCGGCACAUCAGUAAUCAAUGGAAUGAUGUACACGCGUGGUAAUAAAGGCGACUUUGAUGCAUGGGGUCUUGACGGAUGGAGUUGGGAUGAUGUGUUACCGUAUUUUAUGAAAGCCGAACGGAAUAGUUUGGAUCCCGCAAGGGGAAAAUUCGAUCCGAAUGUUCAUGGCACAGAGGGUAAAAUGAAUACAAAUUUCGUGGACUAUCGUACAAUCAUCUCAGAAGAUGUAUAUGAAGCAGCCAAAAACUUGAGCUAUGCAUAUGAUUUUGAUUACAAUAAUGGAAGUCAAUUGGGAGUGCAUUAUCUUCAAUGUAACACGUUUGAAGGAAAACGAGAAGAUACCGGCACGAGAUAUAUUCGAGAUGUUCUUCCGCGAUCUAAUUUAGUGGUAAGUGUAGAUUCACACGUAACGAAGAUUUUGUUCGAUGGAAAUAAAGCAACGGGAGUUUUGUACAAAUCACUUGGAAUUACUUUCCAAGCAAUCGCCAAAAAGGAAAUAAUUUUAAGUGCUGGCGCAAUCAAUUCUCCGCAACUCCUAAUCUUGAGCGGAAUUGGACCUCAAGAGACUCUAACUAAAUUUAAGAUUCCUAAGGUAAAAUAUUUGCCAGUAGGUCAAAACUUUCAAGAUCAUCCUUUUGUUUUUGGUCCAACGUAUAUGUUGAAUACCACCGGAAAUUCCGUUGGUGUUGGAGAUGUUAAUUUGUGGAAUUUGCUUAUGUUAAGCAUUAAUGAGCCAAAUCCAUUACACAUCCCUCAUGGUUCAGAAGGUUACGUUUUUGUUCGAAUGAAUGAUUCUCAUUUGCCUAGUGGUGUUCCUGACAUUGAACUUAUAUUCUCAGCCACUGAUAUUACCAACGCUGGUGACUACCAACGAGAUUAUUUUUGCAUUGAAAAACAAUUUUACGAUAAGGCGUUUAAAAAAUUGAUAGAACAUGAAAAAGAUUCUGUCACAUUAGCACCUAUGUUGCUCCAUCCAAAAACAGUGGGAAACGUUACAAUUCGUGACACAAACCCAUUCUCAAAGGCAGUAAUUAACUACCCAAUGUUCAAAGAUCCGUACGACACAAAAGCGUUACUAUUUGGAAUUCAUGAGGCAAAAAACAUAAUCGAAUCUUCUUACUUUGCGAAAUACAAUCCACAACUAUACCAAUAUGACAUCGAAGAAUGCAACGCAUUCAUGUUUGAUACUAACAAUUGGUGGCUUUGUGUGAAAGAUUACUUACAAACAACACUCCAUCAUGAUUCUGGAACUUGUCGCAUGGGCGUUGAAGAAGAUGUAAGAACUGUCGUAACGCCCAAUUUAAAGGUUAAAGGGAUUCAAAAGUUAAGAGUUGUUGAUGCUUCGGUCAUUCCGGAAGUCAUUUCAGGACAUACUGCAGCGCCAACUAUGAUGUUAGCUGAAAAGGCAGCACAUCUCAUCAAGUUGGAGCAUAAUAUUCAGUAA